AUGUUUUCAUUGGAUAGGUAUUUGUUUUCAUUUGUGCUGCUUGUGUUUCUUGUUCAUUUGUGUGACGGGGGUCCUGGGGUUUUAGAAAAUAAAGCGGAUGUAAGGAUCAUCAAUGGCCUUGACGCUGGCGUAGAUCUUAAUAUCCACUGUAAAUCCAAAAACGAUGACCUUGGCGCUCAUGUCCUGGGCUUCGAACAAUUCUUUGAAUUCCGUUUCCGACCAAACAUUUGGGGGACUACCUUAUACUUCUGUAGGUUCUGGUGGAACAGUGAAUCCCAUUGGUUUGACAUAUACGUUCAGAAGAGGGAUGCAGGCCGAUGUAACAAGAAGUGCUGGUGGUGGGUGGGAGAAGCUGGUCCUUGCCUACUGAAUGAUAAAAUUGGAGUAUACGAUAUUUGCGAAAACUGGAAGGAUGGCGGUUCAAGUCAAGAAGGGACAGGAAACGACACAGCUAGAAUCUACAAUGACUCCAAAUAUUUGGAGGGCAGUGAGGAAAGAGGGAAAUGA